AUGUCCACGGGUGGAGGAUACGGGUCCGACUGCGCCUCAAUAGCCAUCCAAUCGCCAUACAGCUUCAACAUCCCCCGCUUAACUCUAUGUGUCAGGUUGAAGGGUGUCAUCACCUUUGAAACGGAAAUGUACGCAGGCGGGAAUGCGUUCGUGUACGUCAUGUCAUGGCAUGGCUCAUUGGAGAUCCGGCUGUUGCAGGGGUUCGAUGCUGAUACCGGCUGUAACAACCAGUAG